AUGAGCCAUUUUGUGACUCUUUGUGUUUUCGAUGUCAGACUUCAGCCAACAGAAAUGGAGACCCUGGACCUGUUGAGGAAUUGUUUGGUGUGCAAAUGGGAUCUGCGGAGGAGAAACCCCAGAAUACUACCUUGCCUUCAUUCCUUCUGUAAGGACUGUCUUCCGGAUCUGAUUCAAGGAUAUAGCUGUAUUCCCACUGAGUAUGAAGUCCUAUACGAAGGUAUACUUUCCUGCCCUGUGUGCAAACAGACCUGCUUUGCAAGGGAUGUAGUUGAAAAUUUCUUUCUCAAGGACUUUCCCACUGGUAAUUCAGCUAUGGCAAAGAGCUGCUCCACGUGUAAAGACAGGAGACCUGCUCACAGUCUCUGUACAAGCUGCAAUAAGUGGUUGUGUAGCUCAUGUACAGAGGAACACAGACAUGGCAAGGAAACUGGAGACCGCUUCCUGUCUGUAUCCCUGAAGGGCUGCACAGCAACUGAAGAUGAAGCAAGUGAAUUUUCCUUAUUUUGCCCAGUGCACUCUCAAGAGCCACUCAAGCUGUUUUGUGAGACCUGUGAUACCCUUACGUGCCACAGCUGCCUUCUGACAGAGCAUAAGGAACACAGGUUCAGACAUCUUGAUGAAGCUUUGCAAAAUCAGAGAGUUAUCCUGGAAAAUAUCGUAACUAAAGUGGAAGAGAAAAAAAAUGGGAUUCAGGUUUCAGCUAAACAGAUUGAAGACAGGUUGCUUGAAGUAAAACAUUUAUACAAAAAGGUAGAAAAUCAAAUACAAAUGGCCAAGAUGAUUUUGAUGAAUGAAAUCAAUAAACGAACCAACAUCCUUCUUGAACAACUUGAAAAAAUCACCAGUGAAAGGAAGCAGAAAUUGGAGCAACAACUGCAAGGAGUUGUGGUUUUAAGCAGGCAGGUAGAACAUGUGCAGAACUUCAUCAGUUGGGCAGUGUGCAGUAAAAGCAGCAUCCCAUUUCUCUUCAGUAAAGAACUGAUUGUAUUUCAGAUCCAGCGCUUGUUAGAGACAAACUGUAACACAGACAUAGGCCCUCCUCUGAAGAUCAGAUUUACUUGGGAUCCCUCCUACUGGACUAAACAACUGUCCAAUUUGGGAGGUUUCACUAUGGAAGGUGGACACAUUUCUCACUCAGAUGUACUACUCGGUGGAAAUGUGCAAGGAUUACAGACCUCCUUGUAUCAUGGGCACUGUUCACCAGCAUCACAGCUGGAGCCUGUGAAUAGCCAGCCACAUCAGUUUCCACCUGCAGUUCAGUGUCCUGUGCCUGUGUGUUGCUCGCACUGCCUCAGUGUACCUCACCCAAGCAAAGCUCAGCCUUCUUACCAAGACAUAAACUGCCAUCAGAAUUUUCAACAACCUCCCAAACUGCAUCAGCAGUAUUUUCCUCUGCAGUACAGCAUACAGCAACAUGACAAAGAGCAGAGGGGUGUCCCCCAGCCUAUGAAGCUAACACAGUCUGAGCUGGAACAGCAGUUGCGGUCAGAGCCAGAGAAUGUGUCCGUGAGGAUGGGAAAGCACUUACCAUCCCAGCAGCUGCAGCAGACUGCACCCCUGGGUUAUGCUGUUGUAUCACAUGAGGCUCAGCAAGUUCACAUGAGCCAUCCACAGCCAUUCCGCACACAGGCUUCUUUGCAGACAUCAACUGUGCAAGUGCAACUUGGUCAUCUCCAGAAGAUAAAAUCUAACCACUUGCAGCAGCCACCACAGCAGCAGCAGCUGCCACCAGCAUCACCACCAUCAGAUCAGAAUGAGAACACCCACACACAAGUCAUCCAGCAGAGCCUGGACAUAAUGCACCACCAGUUUGAACUGGAGGAGAUGAAAAAGGAUUUGGAGCUUCUUCUGCAGGCCCAAGGACAGUCCAGCUUGCAGCUGAACCAAGCCAAGCCACCUCAGCAUGUUCAACAGACCAUAGUUGGUCAAAUCAACUACAUAGUGAGGCAGCCAGCCCCAGUUCAGCAACAAAUCCAAGAUGAAGCACAAGUCUGUGAGAGUUCGACUGAACUUGAUGCACAGAAGCCUGUAAUUCCCCUUGACAAAAGUGGUGGUCCCUCCCUGUCACAGUCACUAGAUGAAGAAGCUAGUGUCAGCAGUCACUCCCCUGAGAGCAUAUUGCAACAACCAGCUUUCCAUCCAGUGAGAAAG